UGGGGGUGGCAGGGAUAGAAACCACAGCUGAGACUGCAAUCACCGCGCCUGCUGUCAACCCGGGUGUAGUGCAUCACCCUGAGCCCACCCACCGAGGGUGCCUCCUCUUUUCCCUGGGGCUUCGGGAGCCCUGAGGGACGAAGUGGCAGGGACGCCUCUCUUCAGAGAGGAGGCGACGUCGUAGCCCCGGAUGCGGCCGGAGGGCGCGGGAAUGGAGCUCGGCGGCUGCGAGGAGCGCCUGCCGGAGGAGAGCAGGUGGGCUAGGAAGGGCCCGGAGAGUCGGGUGGUAGUGAUUUCUUCACCUUAUGUGUUCCUACAGCAGGUAUGUUGCCGCCAGACCGAUUACUGGCAGUUUGUGAAGGACAUCCGCUGGCUCAGUCCCCACUCAGCCCUUCAUGUGGAGAAGUUCAUCAGCCUGCACGAGAAUGACCAGAGCAGCGCCGAUGGCGUGAGCGAGCGUGCCGUCGCCGAGCUGUGGCUGCAGCAUAGCUUGCAGUGCCACUGUCUCUCCGCCCAGCUCCGGCCUCUGCUUGGGGACAGGCAGUACAUCAGAAAAUUCUACACAGAUACUGCUUUCCUGCUAAGCAACGCCCACGUCACGGCCAUGCUGCAAUGCCUGGAAGCCGUGGAACAGAACAACCCCCGCCUCCUGGCUCAAAUUGAUGCAUCUAUGUUUGCCAGAAAGCAUGAGAGCCCGCUGCUGGUAACCAAGAGCCAGAGCCUGACAGCUCUGCCUGGUUCCACAUACACCCCUUCAACCAGCUAUGCUCAGCAUUCCUACUUUGGGUCCUUCUCUAGCCUCCACCAUUCCGUACCCAACCACGGCUCAGAAAGAAGAUCGACUUCCUUUUCACUCUCUGGCCCUGCCCGAAAACCUCAAGAAAGCAGAGAGCACGUCUCACCAGAGCAGGAUCAAGCCUUCCAAGCCCCCCUGGUUUCAGUCCCUGCAUUAGCCAGGGAUCCCCCCUCAACCCCAAAUGAGAUGAGCUCUAGCACUCUGACCAGCCCCCUAGAAGCAUCCUGGGUCAGCAGCCAGAAUGAUUCCCCGAGUGAUGCCAGUGAGGGGCCCGAGUACUUGGCCAUUGGCAACCUGGAUCCCCGAGGCCGGACUGCCAGCUGUCAGAGUCACAGCAGCAAUGCUGAGAGCAGCAGCUCCAACUUGUUCUCCUCCAGCAGCUCGCAGAAGCCAGAUUCUGCUGCUUCUUCCCUAGGCGAGCAGGAAGGAGGUGGGCAGAGCCAGCUGUCCAGCGUCCUUCGCAGGUCCAGCUUCUCGGAGGGGCAGACGUUCACUGCCACCAGUGGAACAAAGAAGAGCCACACUCGCUCCCAUUCGGAUACCAACAUUGCCUCCAGAGGAGCCCCAGAAUCCUGCAAUGAUAAGUCGAAGUUGAGAGGCCCCUUGCCCUACUCUGGCCCAAGCAGUGAAGUCAGCACACCCAGCUCUCUGUACAUGGAGUAUGAGGGUGGUCAGUACCUGUGCUCAGGGGAGGGCAUGUUCCGAAGACCAUCGGAAGGACAGUCCCUCAUCAGCUACCUGUCUGAGCAAGACUUUGGAAGCUGUGCAGACCUGGAAAAGGAGAAUGCCCACUUCAGCAUCUCAGAGUCCUUGAUUGCUGCCAUUGAGCUCAUGAAGUGCAACAUGAUGAGCCAGUGCCUAGAAGAGGAGGAGGAAGAGGAGGAAGACAGCGAUAGGGAGAUCCAGGAACUGAAGCAGAAGAUCCGCCUUCGUCGCCAGCAGAUCCGCACCAAGAACCUGCGCCCCGUGUACCAGGAGACGGAGCACGGAAGCUUUCAGGUCACUUCUAGCAGCUCCCAGUUUAGUUCACGUGAUUCAACACAGUUCUCUGACUCUGGCUCUGCUGACGAGGUUGAUGAAUUUGAAAUCCAAGAUGCUGACAUCAGAAGGAGCACAGCUUCAAACAGCAAAUCCUUCACUUCCUCCCAGUCCUUCUCUCACUGCUUCCUUCACUCCACAUCUGCGGAAGCAGUGGCCAUGGGACUCCUGAAGCAGUUUGAAGGCAUGCAGCUCCCAGCUGCCUCCGAGCUAGAAUGGCUAGUUCCAGAGCAUGAUGCCCCUCAGAAGCUCCUGCCCAUCCCUGACUCCCUGCCCAUCUCACCAGAUGAUGGGCAGCAUGCUGACAUCUACAAGCUGCGGAUUCGUGUUCGCGGUAACCUGGAGUGGGCGCCGCCCCGGCCUCAGAUAAUUUUUAAUGUUCAUCCAGCCCCAACGAGGAAGAUCGCGGUGGCCAAGCAGAAUUACCGCUGUGCGGGGUGUGGCAUUCGGACUGACCCUGAUUAUAUCAAGCGGCUGAGGUACUGUGAGUACUUGGGCAAGUACUUCUGUCAGUGCUGCCAUGAAAAUGCCCAGAUGGUCAUCCCCAGCCGGGUUCUGCGCAAGUGGGACUUCAGCAAGUACUAUGUCAGCAAUUUCUCCAAGGACCUGCUCAUUAAGAUCUGGAAUGAUCCUCUCUUCAAUGUGCAGGACAUCAACAGUGCCCUCUAUAGGAAGGUCAAGCUGCUCAAUCAAGUGCGGCUGCUGCGAAUCCAGCUGUAUCACAUGAAGAACAUGUUCAAGACAUGCCGACUGGCCAAAGAGCUCCUGGAUUCCUUUGACACAGUUCCAGGCCACCUGACUGAGGAUCUCCACCUGUACUCACUGAAUGACCUGACUGCAACCAGGAAGGGGGAGUUGGGGCCCCGGCUUGCUGAGCUCACCAGGGCAGGGGCUGCCCACGUAGAGCGAUGCAUGCUCUGCCAAGCCAAGGGCUUCAUCUGUGAGUUCUGUCAGAAUGAGGAUGACAUCAUCUUUCCUUUUGAGCUCCAUAAGUGCCGGACCUGUGAAGAGUGUAAAGCCUGUUACCAUAAAGCUUGUUUCAAGUCUGGAAGCUGUCCCCGGUGUGAGCGGCUGCAGGCCCGGCGGGAACUGCUGGCCAAACAGAGCCUGGAGUCUUACAUGUCAGACUACGAGGAGGAACCCACUGAAGCCUUGGCCCUUGAGGCCACUGUCCUGGAGGCCACCUGAAGAAAGCACAUUAAGCCCUCUUUCCAGGGGCCAGGGUCACACGUAAUGCAGAACUGAGCCACCCUUUUAAGGACUUUCCCCACUUGGUUUUUUUUUUUUCUAUAAUUAUUAUCAUUAUUAUUAUUUUUUUUAUGACUUGUCUAACAUCCAUGUAAAUCAACCUUUGUUAGGUUGUUGGGGUCCAUUCUGUUGUGACAAUUUGUAGGUACCGGGUAUCCAUCAGAACUGACAUAUGAAUCCUUAUGUGAAGCUUCUAGUGCCUCUGUCAGAGGAAUGGACUGUGAGACCCAGCUCUUCUGACAUCCAUGGCCUUCUCUACUUGAACCAGAUCUGGUUUCAGCUGCAUUUCAAGUAUCAUUUCCAGUUCUAUUUUGUUUUAGUUCUGGAGCUUCUGAGUCAGGCCUUUCGCAACUAACUCACUUCUCCUUUGCUGCUGAAGUAGGAGGAUGGAGUUUUCUCUCUCUGUCCUGGAAUAGAGUCAGACUGGGCUCUGAGGAGAAGCAGCAGAGAAUUGGACUACAUCGUGGGCAUUCUGUCCAGCUUAUGUAGGUAUUUUUCAGGCCAUAAAAACAGCAUUCUUACCUGGAAUCCUCAGAGACCUCACGGAGGCCACCAUGACCUCCUCGUUUGAAAUACUGUAGGCAUCGAUGAUGUUACAAACUGACUUUCUUUACCCUGGUGGGCUUGAAGCAAAGAAACAGAACUGAUACUUAAGCCAGGCCCCUUCAUAGCCUUCCACCAGGCGUAAACAAGGCUGCAACUCUAUUGCUUCAAGAGCAUUUAUUCGGUCAGAGGAGCUGUUGGCCUCCUCUUACAUGAUGAAGUCUCUCUAGUCAUCCUAGCUCUGGUGCAGACAUGAUCUUUCAAGCUCGGGCAAGUCCCCGAUGCCAUCCUAAGCUGCAGACAGAAACUCUAUCCACCAUCUUAUUUGUGGGUCUCUUGCCACUGUGUCCUCUGUUAGAUGGUCAUUUUGGCUCUGCGUGAAAGUAUGGCCCCACUCCAUUCUCAUCCCCUUCCUGCACCAGAGCUGGGACCCUCCCUGGUGGCUGAACUCUCACCUUAGUUUCUUUUGUUAAAAUCAGCCUUGGGGUGGGGAGAUUUCUGGUAUUAGUGUGGUUAGAGAACUUGGCAAUUUGUGGACGUGAGUGUGAGUGUGAAUAUUCCUCUGUCCUUGGGAUAACAAGAGCCUUUAUGCCUACGAAUACACUGAACUCUGUAGCCUGGUGAUAUCUAUGUGUUCAUUCAUUCUUUUCAUGUUACUAAUUUUAACACACACAUACCUUUUCUUAAAAUGUGCAUUUUGAUGGGACCGUGACUAUGUUUGUGGUUUUCUUUAUGUUGCUGUAACCCCAACCCCUGCCUAAACACUGGUCAGGGUCGCUGUUCAGAGGGCUGACAGCUCUGUGAACAAGAGCUCACAGCAUUUUUUUUCUGGGACUGACUUCUUGUAUACUUGUCUUUCCAUAAUUGGUUGCUAGUCGAAAAAACUUGGUGUGGACGCUGCCCCAAGAAGCUGAAUGGAAAAUAGCACAUGGUCGGUGGAAGCGGAUGAGUGGCUAAGCUGGAGGCAACCAGGAGUCUCACAGGAAGUAGAAGGGGCAGUACGGUAAUGGCCAGAGCUGAGGCUUCACCGGGGCCAGAGGGAGCAGGAUGGAAUUGACCCAUGGCCUUGGUCUCUGUGCCUCAGACUUAGGAUUAGGCCGGAAGACCCUGAGGCUCUUCUCCGUUCAGUUCAUGGGGGAGGCUCUGAGAGCCAAGGCCUCCAGCCCAACCCAGUUUUGAAGGGCUAACCAGGAGCUCCAUUAUCUUUCAAGGAGCUUUGGGAAUAGGCCCCACACAAUUCAAGUUUUACCAAGGGUUAGGCCUCAGAUUCAGACUCGGGUUUUAAAAAACAUGGUGAGCUCUAUGUCCAGUUUUGGUAUAAAUUACACAUCUGGCUCCUUACUCUUAAGUCACUACACUGGAGAAGAGAUGCCCUGUCAUUAUUGUCCUGCCCGUUUCGUAUUAGCAGAGGACCAAAGGAUGGAAAAUGCUGACAGUUUCCAAAGUUGAGCUCAACAAUCUUACAUGCUCCUGGUUUUUCACUUAUUUUUCUCCACCUUCCCCAUUCCAUCUCCUUAGAUUGCAUAUCUGUUUUAGUCACCCUGACACUCUGCUGUCAUCACUGUCCAAAUACCCAUUUAUUUAUUUAUUUGAAAGGAAAGAGAGAGAGGAAAGAGUAUAGGAUGUUUUGAAAGCACUUUGCAACUUAUAGCAGUAUCUAAAACCCCCCUGCUAUUGUGGGGGAAAGCAUUGAAUGCACUGAAGAACAUUCCUUCUGAAUGAAAUGGGAGGGAAGUUCUUUUUUGUAAAUAAAGGGAAAAAGUUAAAAGUUUGCUUACAAGGUAGAGACAAGGUUCAAGACAUAGCAGAAGAGUGGAAGGCAGAUAUUUUCCACUUGAAUGAGGCUGUUAUUGACUUUCUCUGCCAAGGCUUUAGAGCUUUUGUUGAAUUAACAUAAAAGGAGCAAGAGUCUAAAUAGAGGUGUUCUGUUCAUGUACAACUCGUAUUCUGAACUGGAUUUCUACUUGCUGUAAUUCAUACACAACCUAACAGUUUAUUGUCAUCUUUAAUAAACUAAGGAAAAGAAAUUCCUGCCUUUUAUUUGUCUGCCUUGACUAUCAGGAAAUGGUAUUGUCUGCUGUAAAGCAGGCAUGUCUGAAAACUCAGGAGGUUUCUGAAUUACAAUGCAAAGAAAACUGGACCUUCCGGGUCAGGAAAAGUAGGUGUGAGACUGUGUCAUCACUGGCUUGCUGUGUGACCUUGAGUGGAUCACUUUGCUUCUCUGGAUUUCUGUUUCUUCUUGUAUCAAAGAUAUGGGUACUAGUCAUUAGCAGUGCACGAGGCUUGCCCCCUGCCCAUCCUCUUGAGGCACGUAUCUUAUUUUAAAGUGAGGUGGGGGCACCUGGCUGGCUCUGUUGUUGGAGCGUGCUCUUGAUCGUGGGGUCGUGAGUUCAAGCUCAGUGUUGGGUGCAGAGGGUACUUAAAAGUAAAAACCUUUGAUUAAAAGAAAAUAAACAUAAAGGGAGGUAAAUCUUUCUCUCUACAGCAUCUGAAUUGUAUCAGAUGCUUUGGUUCUCACUUCUGUGAACAACUUGCUCUGAGCUUCUCUCUUAUGCUCCUGACCCUCUGGAA